CAGCAUCGGACAGUUUUACGGGUGACACGCGGAGGAAUUGGAAGGGAAUUUUCGGUAAAAAGGCGGAGGAGCCGCUCAGGGGGCGUCAUGGCGGAGAACAUCAUUGUCCGUAUCCAGUCACCGCAUGGUAUGAAACGGAUUAAUGUGGGGAAACGAGAAACAGGAGCCCAAUUUUUGAAAAAGGUUGCAAAGGAAUUUGGCUGUUCUAACAAUGGCUUUUCUGUAUACCUUAACAGAAAUAAAACUGGAGAGAUCUCCCCAACAACGAAUAAAUCACUCUCUUUUCUUAAAAUUAAACAUGGAGACGUACUGUUCCUCUUUCCAUCAAGUGACGCUGGGACUUCCACUCAAGUUAUGGAGACUUCAGCCCAAGCUCCUGGAGGGUCACGAGUUUCAACCACGUCUACAGUGCCUGUGGUGGAGGAUGAAAUUGACCAGUAUCUAAUGAAACAGGAUGGAAAGAUAUACAGAAACAGGGACCAGCAACAGUGCCGGCAUGGUGCUUUGGGCAAAUGUGUUCAUUGCGUACCACUGGAGCCUUUUGAUGAGGAUUAUCUCAAUCACUUGGACCCCCCUGUUAAACAUAUGUCAUUCCAUGCAUAUAUCCGAAAACUGACUGGUGGUGCUGACAAAGGCAAAUUUGUUGCCUUGGAGAACAUUAGCUGCAAAAUCAAAUCUGGGUGUGAAGGGCAUCCCCCAUGGCCUGAUGGAAUUUGUACAAAGUGCCAGCCGAGCGCCAUAACACUUAAUAGACAGAAAUACAGGCAUGUGGAUAACAUAAUGUUUGAGAACCACACAAUAGCAGAUCGUUUCCUCAACUUUUGGCGUCAAACGGGAAACCAGCGGCUUGGAUUCCUUUAUGGUCGCUACACCGAACACACAGACAUUCCUCUAGGUAUUCGAGCAGAGGUUGCUGCCAUCUAUGAACCUCCACAAAUUGGUACAGCAAACAGCCUAGAAUUUUUGGAAGACCCAAAAGCUGAAGUUGUAGAUGAAAUUGCUGCUAAACUUGGAUUGAGAAAGGUUGGCUGGAUAUUCACAGAUCUUCUAUCGGAGGACACGAGGAAAGGCACUGUCAAAUUUAUCAGGAAUAAGGAUGCACAUUUCCUAAGUGCAGAGGAGUGCAUCACAGCAGGAGAUUUCCAGAACAAGCACCCCAAUGCUUGCCGCCUAUCUCCUGAUAAUCACUUUGGAUCCAAGUUUGUUACUGUCUUGGCAACAGGUGGCCCAGAUAAUCAGGUUCAUUUUGAAGGUUACCAGGUUUCCAAUCAAUGUAUGGCCCUUGUAGGCGAUGACUGUUUUCUGCCAUGCAGAGAUGCACCAGAGCUCGGAUAUGUAAAGGAGUCUUCUAGUGAACAAUAUGUUCCUGAUGUUUUCUAUAAGGACAUAGACAAGUUUGGUAAUGAAAUCACACAGUUAGCAAGGCCAUUGCCAGUUGAGUACCUGAUCAUAGAUAUUCCCACGACUUUUCCAAAGGACCCUGUUUACACUUUUGCUUCACCUCCGCACCCUUUUUCUGUUGUGAACAGGGAUGUCGUCGGAGAGACACAGGAUUUUCAUACCCUGGCCUCCUACUUAUCACAGAAUCAAUCUUCUGUUUUUCUUGAUGUCAUCUCAGAUUUCCACCUCCUUCUGUUCCUGGUAACCAAUGAUGUUAUGCCGCUCAGGGAUAGUAUCAACUUGUUGUUGGAAGCAGUGAAAACACGGAAUGAGGAACUCGCCCAGACCUGGAAGAGAUCAGAGCAGUGGGCUACCAUUGAACAGCUUUGCAGUACAGUGGGUGUUCAGCCACACAGUGCUUCAGAAUACGGUGCAUUGGGAGGAUCUCAGCAGUCUGCUCCCACUGCUAUGUGGUCCUGUAGACACUGCACCUUUAUGAACCACCCAGGCACUGACCAAUGUGAGAUGUGCAAUCUUCCUAGAACCUAGCCAGCAGCAAAUGAAAGCCGGAUUUGGCCAUACCAUUUGACCCUUUGUCCAUUUGGGAAGACAAGGUGGCUGCCAGAGCGCUCUGGAUCCAGCAAGAAAAUUCUACAAGUGAACUUGUACUCUUGAGAUCUGCCUGGACUUUAAUUGAGAUUAAAAUGAAACAAUUACUAAAUACAA